AUGGAUAGUUUGCGUGCAACUGAGAGCAAAUCAUCCCCGGUAGUGUUACAUAGGAUACGCAGACAUUCGCAUACGGUGACUGGUGUCCCAAUUCCAGGAAUCGCAGCGGAUGGCAUCGGCUCGCCGACAGACCACGCUCACACUCCGCCUGGUGUGCUGACUAAAAUUGAUACGAUUCAGACGAAGAAAUCGUCAAUUGGCGGCAGUGGUGGCGUCUUAACGGCCCAAUUCAGCGGUGACCAGCGAAGGAUGAUCUGUAAGAAUUGCAACAAGAAAAUCAAUUGUUGGUGUAAAAAAUGUACAUUAGAAAAAUUGAAACUCUACUCACGACGAGAGAAUAUAACACAAAGAUUCGAAGAAAAGGAACGACUUCAAUCAGAGAUUCUGAGAAUCAUCGAACCAACAGAAUCUCUGAAAGAACAGAUAACGCAGAAAGAAGAAAAUCUAAUGAAGCUUCGGGUGGCCGUGGAAAGUGCUAAAAUGAGAAUAGCCAUGAAGCAGAAUGAAGUGAAUAAAUUGGAUGCAGCUCAACAACACAAACCAGCACAGUUUGAAACUGUAUUCAAUUCUCAGACAAACUUUCUAGCUAGAGCCAAAGUCAAAAAAGAAGAAAAAGCAGUGGUAUUGGCGAAAAUCGAAGACGAAAUCGCCAAGAAACGACGGCAGUACUGCAUCCACGCGUGUCACAUUUUCCCAGUCCAAGUCUAUGAUGUCAAUGUUGAAAGUGUUGCUCUGAAAUCGAAGAACUCUAAAAAUUGGGCAGUUGUGAAUGACUCGGAGCUGCAGACUGGAUUGCGUAUUGCUAUUCGAAACUCGUAUAUCAAUGAUAAACUUCGUGCGAAGCUAGCGAAUCAGUUAUCAAACGGUACAAUCACUCUUCCUUUGGAACUUCAUGCACCAUUUGCCGCAUUCACGAACACCCUCCAACUGGUUCAUUUACUGAGUGUCAUUUUCAAUUUUCGACCUCCAGAAACACUUUCUCAUCACGAUCUAUGUAUACGGGAACGAUGGACGAAAGAGUCUUUAAAUCGAGACUGGUCAACUCUCUGUGAUGCUGUUAUCUAUCUUUGCGUGUUUAUUGGAAUGCCUCCUGCCAAGCUGAAAUACAUUGAUCCACAUCAUAAUCUUAUCGCCCUUGCGUCUUUCGUAGUCAACGACUACAACAAUAUCAUCAGGAUUGGGAGUCGUCCAAUGUGUGAUCUUUCGGAAGUGCACGCUAUGAUCGAAGCACAGCGCCCGGAGGAUUAUUCCAAAAAGGAUGAACUCGACGAGUCUUGGACAUUUGUAGAUUAUUGA